UCAUGCUGCUGCCAGGUCCAGAGUCUCUCAUGGGUCCCUGUACGGCCUCCCAUUGCUGCUGUCUCCAUCGCCACACUCUGCCAUGUGCCACUUUCAGGUCUCCUCACACACUGCUGGUGUGUAGAAUUUUUUGACAUAGGGUGCUGGCAGAUUACGGGCCUCCCAUUGCUGCUGCCAGGCCCCUAAUCUGCCAUGGGCCCCUAUACCGCCUCCUCAUGCUGCUGCCAAGUCCAGAGUCUCUCAUGGGUCCCUGUACGGCCUCCCAUUGCUGCUGUCUCCAUCGCCACACUCUGCCAUGUGCCACUUUCAGGUCUCCUCACACUGCUGGUGUGUUGAAUUUUUUGAC